AUGUUCCUUCGAAGGAGAAUCCUGCUGACCGCAUUUCCCGCGGUGUUUCCCCGUCCCAGAUUAUCGAUGAUUCAUUAUGGUGGCAUGGGCCACAAUUUCUCGUACAGCCCGUCGAAGAUUGGCCUAGAAACGUGGUUAACCUCUCUCAACUCAACGGAUGGUCGGAAAACUGGUCCUUUGCAGCCUGGUGAGAUAGAUCACGCUCUCAAAUCGCUUAUUCGCUCCGUCCAAGCAACGGAAUUUUCGGAAGAGUUGAACCAUCUAACAGCAAACCCUCAACGUAAGCUAACAAGAAAGGACAGGAAGCUACAAUCGUCGCUCAAGUCUCUCAAUCCGUUUUUAGACGAUUUUGGAUUACUACGUAGUAGUAAUCCAAAAGUAGGUGGUCGCUUGGCCAAACUGUCAGCCGCUUUCGACACUCGAGCACCAAUUCUGCUUCCUGCUUGUCAUCAUCUGACCGUGUUGAUCGCACGCUCUAUCCACAUCAGAACGCUGCACGGAGGACCAACUCUGCUUCUAUCGACCAUAAGACAACGGUUUUGGCCACUUCGAGGGCGAGAUCUUGCGCGAAAAGUAUUUCGCCAGUGCGUCAUGUGCUUCCGGUGUUCCCCGAAACAAACUGAACAGUUAAUGGCACAUUUGCCUUCAGUACGAAUAACUCCCGCGCGCGUCUUUUUGAAUAGUGGCAUGGACUAUUGUGGGCCAUUCAGUGUUCGUCCGUUGGUUGGGAGAGGAGCGAACGUGAAAACAUACGUCGCCGUCUUCGUAUGUAUGGUGGUGAAAGCGGUACACCUCGAAGUGGUGAACGAUCUAACAUCCAUCGCGUGUGUAAAUGCAAUAAAAAGAUUUGUUGCGCGUCGCGGUCGGGUCGUGAAUCUCUACUGCGACAAUUCGACGGCCUUCGUCGGCGCAGAUCGGGAGUUGAAACAGCUGCGUCGUCAAUUCCUUCAGCAAUUCUCUACGGAAAGCUGGAACGGAUACUGCCUGGAAAGCGGUGUCAACUUUCACUUCAUUCCGCCUAGAUCCCCUCACCAUGGAGGCCUGUGGGAGGCUGGGGUGAAAUCCUUUAAAUUUCACCUUCGAAGAAUAUUGGGAAGCCGAUCCUUCACGUUGGAAGAGCUCACUACAGCGGUUGCUCAAAUCGAGAGUGUCUUGAAUUCUAGACCGUUGUCACCGAUGUCCAGCCACCCGAAAGAUCUGAGCAGUCUCACUCCGGGUCACUUCCUAGUCGGAGAACCUUUGUACUCUAUCCCUGAACCCGAUUACACCGAGCAACCCAUCAGCCGACUCAAACGCUUCCAGGAAAUGAAACGCAGCGUCCAGGACUUUUGGAAACGCUGGUCUCGUGAUUAUGUUAGUGAACUACACCAACGCUCCAAGUGGCAACGCGUUCGAGACGAAAUGAAGAUAGGAUCUCUUGUCCUAUUGAAGCAAGAGAAUCUUCCGCCAUUGGAGUGGAAUUUGGGUCGUGUAGUUGCCAUCGCUCCAGGUAAAGAUGGACACGUACGUGUGAUUGAAGUCCGUACCGCCAAGGGUCUCUACAAGCGAGCUGUCACCGAAGUCUACCUGCUCCCCAUUGAAGAACCAGUUGCAAACGUAGAAGAUGACCCCAGAACGUUGACCACUAUGUCGUAG